AUGACGACGACGUCCCCGCGCGUGUGUCUGCUCGCCAUGGCGCUGGCUCUCGCCUGCGUGCUGCUCGUCAGGUCCGCCGACGCCGCUGCCGCCGAGGGCUCCGCGUACGGGUGCAACCCUGCCACGGACAAGACGUGCAAGCCCGAGGGCGUGGGGGUGGUGCUGCCGGGCGGCGGCAUUGACCUUGACGGCGACGGCGACGAGGACGAGCUGCCGCAGUUCGAACCCCACCUCACGAUCCUCGGCCAUGCCCACUGA